GUCCCUUUGCUCUCUUUCUAUAAUCCAACAAUCUCUCAUCAUCACCAUGCUCGUGUCAGCUGCCCUUCUCGCUCUCUGCUCAGCAGCCUUUGCAGCAGCUACGCCAACCCCAGCUCAAACCCCUGAGACGGACUUCAGCUUCUGGCUCGGCGGUCCUAUCCUCGAGAAAUGUCUCGCUGAAGGAAACUGCGAGGACCGUCUCCUCGACAACCCUUACUACGUCGAAGCAAAGAAGACCAACCAUCAGAAGCGAUAUAAUUGCCACGGCGCCGGUAUGCACACCAUCGUCACUAGUGGCAAGAACUUUGUCAAAUUUGGUUCUUUCAAUCCCUACGACCUGUUCCACCACGUCUACGACCUGUGUCACGAAGGCGGAUGUGACAGUGGCAGUGACUGGGCCCGAAGCACAAAGUACGUCACAGCUACUGGUAUCUACUCAAAGGAUAUCAAAGUCAGUGCUCAGGGCGUUUAUUCUGGUUGGGACAUGCGUAAUGCUCUUGCACAGUCUCUCGCCGAUGCUUCUGGGCGAAACCAAGUUUGGUCUGAAGAAGUUGCAUGCCCAAGUGGAGGACGAGCAUGCUCGCGUGUCAAGGCCUGGCAGGGCUAUGCUCCCAACUUCCAUCAGUCUGCUAUCUUCAACAACUGCAAUCAAUAUGGUUGGAUGAAUGCAAAGACUGAUGGUCUUACUGGAUUCACUUCGGGCGGGGAUUGCAAGUCAAUUGUUGAGAAGCUUGGAGCUAUUAUUGGAGAGACGGUUCCUUUUGGAGCAGGAACUAUCCCACUCUUGGGUGCACUUUGUGGUUAG